ACCACCCAGCUGCGACGUCAAAAACGACACCGAGGAGAGCACAUAAAAUGACUGAUUUUCCCCCAUUCUCUGUUUACAGGAUUGCUCUUGUGAUCAAUUGGAGUUCACUUUGUUUCAUUUUCCUUAGCAGCAUGUCGUAUUCAGCCACAGAAAGUGCCGCUGCUGCGUCAGAUCAUCAUGUGAUGCUGAUUAACCAAUCAAAGGUUGCUUAUGGUGGCAUACUCAAAGAGGCAACAUCAUCUGAAACGGUCAACGCAUUUGAAACUACAGUAAUUAAGUGUGCAAUCCAGUCUGCAGUCAAGAGGCACCCAGCUACCAUUCCGACGGAUUCCAACGGGAAGACUUUAGAGCCGCAGGUCUCAAACUUUCAAAAGCUCAAACUCCAAGCAACACACGAUGGCCAGAACAGAAGUUACUUAGUGGACCGUACACUUGUCAACGGCAAGGAACAAUUUCAUCGCAGAAGUAUCAUCUAUGGUUUAACAUAUUCUUUCUGUUUAUUAUGGGACAGCAUCGAAGACCCAUUCAGACACAACUUUGUCAUGUCUUUAGACAGGGGGAAGAAUAUGUUCAUGUUCCAGCACACAUUCUAUCGCCAAAGAGACGCUAGUUUUUCAAAUGAAAGCAGUCGUAAUCAUAAAGAUUCUAAAAUGAUAGCAGUGCCCACUUCUCCGGAUGAGCUAUCUGUUGUGUAUGAAUUUAAUGAAGAGACAAGCUCAUCCACAGAGCAUGAAUGCUUAGAGAGCAAACUUCAAUCAAGACCUGGGGAAAGCAGCAGAGAAAAUCAUCUUUACAAACGGUCCCAUCAAGGGGGGCACGAUGUGAGCAUUGUUUCAUACAACAUCUGGAACUUCAAUGGUUUUUCCAGGGACAUUGUGAGAUCGGCCGAAGAGUACGUUGAAAGGAUGGCUAGGCUUGGUGCGUUGAUUAAGAGUACAAUUGCCGAUGUUAUUGGAUUUCAAGAGGUCAGAUUUGACGUCAAUAGUGGAGGUUCGCUGGGACCAUGUCAAGUAGAACAGCUUGCCAACCAUCUGUCAGAGUAUCAGUAUGUUUACCAGCCUGCCAUUGCCUAUGAGCACGACAGCCUAGAGAGAAAAGAAGAAGGACUUGCGAUCUUCUCACUUCAUCCCAUCUUGUCACAUGACUUUAUUCUUCUGAGCAGAGACAUGAAUGAUGGUCAUGACAGUGCUCAUCAGCGAAUCUGUCUACAUGCUGCGGUGGACACUCCUUAUUUAGGGAUCGUGCAUGUGUUUGUUACUCAUUUAUCCCUGAGUAAGGGGGCGAGAGACAGGAGUGUGGUGGAGAUCUGGAAGUUCAUGUCUCAGUUCACUGGCCCUGCUGUCCUUCUUGGGGAUCUGAACGCAGAACCGCAAAGUAACUGCAUAAGGUUUCUUCGUGGGGAGGUGGAGAUAGACAAUGUCAAGACGACAAGGUUACAAGAUGCUUGGCUGAUAAACAACAAAGAACCAAGGGUUGGCCGCAAGGUGUAUGCCAAGAAUGAAGCCAGAGAUAUUGGACUGACCUUCAACACACUCCAUGAAAAUCUUGUCAAACGGAUUGAUUAUGUAUUCGUUAGGCUACCUGACGGUAUGGAAAUGACUAGCAUCUCAUUGGUCGAUGAUGGGAAACGGGGGAAUAUGGCAGCGUCUGAUCACCUUGGACUGAAAGUGACAAUAGAGGGGGUAUGACUCCUUUGAAUACUAGCUUAGGGGUCAAACUUGAGGUCAGUCAUCUGAAGACUUUUAAACAAAUCUCUUAAAGUUAAGAAUUUGUUAGAGUUUAAAAAAUUUUAUAUUUUUGUAUCAGAACGACGUAACACGGGAGGAAUCUUUGAAUGUUUUUAAUUUUUUAACCAAAGUGCAAGCUUUUUUAUAUUGCUUUUACUUUUUAUAGUAUGUGUAUGGGGAAAUAGAAUGCAGUAUUCAUUGUAAGUAAUACACAAGGGAAACUGGGGUGGAUUUCACAAAGAGUUAAGACUAGUCUUAUCUCGAGUUAAGACUAGUCUUAUCUCGAGUUAGGACGAGUUACUCAUCUCAACUUAGGACUUGCCACACAAUUUGUAUAUCUACUAGGACUAAUCCUAAGUCAGGACUAGUCUUAUCUCGAGUUAGGACAAGUUACUCAUCUCAACUUAGGACUUGCCACACAAUUUGUAUAUCUACUAGGACUAAUCCUAAGUCAGGACUAGUCUUAUCUCGAGUUAGGACAAGUUACUCAUCUCAACUUGGGACUAG